GCUCAUAAUAUUUCUCAGUAUAAUCUAAUCCGGCCCGGUCCAGUCCAGUCUCGUAUAAAUGUUUGAUCCAGCCUCCCCUGAAGACUUGGCUGCAGCUGCAGCAAUCUUCAAGAAUCCCGUGCCUGUCCAUGGACCAAAGCGUAAUACGGCAUGUCAACAAUGUCGCAAGCGCAAGCUCCAAUGUACCAGUGACUCGCAAAGACCGUGCUCUACAUGUGUCAGGUCCCUCGCACACGCCCGUGCACAUGCCGUUGAAGGCGUUCCCCUGCCAGACGAGCCAGAUUGCACGUACGGCGACGACAGAGAAAAAGAUCAGCUGCAGGCUUCAAGCAAGGUCGAGAGGCUUGAAAACAGGAUUAGUGAAUUAGAGACACUGCUAUCUCAAAUGCAGCUGGCACUUGAAGCAUCUCAUGCAUCUUCGCCUGCUUCUUCAUGUCCAUCGUAUACGUCGCCGGCGGCCGGUCCAUCGCCUCAGCAAAUAUCACCAAUAACGACAUUCACGCCUCCACGUACCAAUAGAACGUAUACAUAUUACGACUCGCUUCCGGCUCAGCAAGAUAAUUCGGGCCUCGGCAUCAUGAAUACCGGAUACACGGAUCCAACUAGCUCCUCGUCUAUGCCCAAUGUUGACCAGAAUGCCGUAAUCCCGAUAUCAAACAGCAGAAAAGCACAAUUGCUGGCUAUGGGUUGGCCAGAGCAUCUCCCAGACCCGAUGAUUACGAAACAUCUCGUUCAUGCCUUUUUUGCCUUCAACAUGUAUGCUGGACGGCUUUUCCACGGCCCAACAUUCCUCGCGUCGCUAGAUUUGCACCCUAACAACUCCCGCUUCCCCUUCUCCGCCAUCCUUCAUGCUAUGUGCGCUGUUGGCAGCCUAUAUACUGCCGAUAUACCACAGCCACCUACGCAAUCAAGAAGCCAAUAUACUCAAAGUGGUCAAUUCUUCGCUGUAGACGAGCUGUUCUCUGGUAGGUGGCGGCAGUUCGAACGGAGGCCGGAUUCAUUUGCGGAGGUACAAGCCAAGCUGGCAAGAUUUGCUGGAGAGGCAGCUAUCAACCGAGGAGAACGGCUCGUGGAGUGUCUGCAGAUUAAGUCAUACAUCGCCUCUGGACGAUCGAUAAGAUCUGUCGCGCCCUAUGGAUUUACCAUGGCUGCGCCUUUCCACGUGACGACACAGGCUUUGACGGCAAAUGCGGAGAGGCCGCCAUCCAUCCUCCCGAAUCCGCAGACUGUCGUUGAGGCUGAGAUGCGACGGAACAUCUUCUGGAUAGCGUAUGCCAUGGAACGACAGCAGGCGUGCGGAAACAGUUUCGCGAUGAUGUUGGACGACCUGGACGUCUGCCAGCUGCUGCCCGUGUGCGGCGACUCGUAUGAACAAGGGACCCAAGUCAGUAUGCGGGAACGCCAAUGGUCGCACGACAAGCGGAUGUUCCUCUCGCACGCCCCAAACCAAACCGACUCGUUCGUGCUUUUCAUCAAGACGACCAUCCUGCUCUCGCACGUCAAGAACUUCAACCUCCGCUACCGUGGUCGGUAUUACCAGGGCGACCCGAGCAUGUACGCGCCGAACCCUGUUAUCGAAUCGCCCGCGACGUACGACCCACGGUCUUCGCCCGCGUUCAAGGAGCUGGACAGUCUGAUCGCUGCGUUCAGACCAGCGUUCCCGUCGCAUCUGAAGAACCCCGUGCAGGACGAGAUGGUGGACGCAUAUCUGUACGCCGCCAAUUGCGGCGCACAGCUGGCGCAGAUCCUCUUACAUGAGCCUCACGUGCACAUGUCGUCCCCUCGUGAUCCGUCUACGCAUAAACUAAUCAAUGCUGCCCGCGGCAUCUUGGAGCUCAUGUAUGCGAUCAGUGCGACGAGCUAUGACAUCUCCCUUUUGGACCACCUUCCUAUCCUGUCAUGGAACUGCUGCGGCAGAGUGCUCAUCAAGGCACUCCGGGUUGCCAAUGAGACCAAGAAUUACGAGCAGGCGAUGGUCUUGCAAUCCGAAAUUGCCUACGUCCACUCCAUGCUAGCAAAAGCGGGCGAGCGCAUGCCUCUGGCGUAUCGCUACAAGAAGAUGGUCUACGCCUUCCUCGCAAACCACUGCGGCCCGCAGUUCGUCGAGUCGCUCCCACAGACGUCGUACCACGCGCGCUUCCCGUCGCCACCCGAAGGCUUCUACCCGACCAGCUCGGCACAAGUGAGCAAUGUCAAUAUCUAUUCGCCUGGCACGUACGCCGCUGUUGAUCCUGGGAUUUUGCCGAUGGGCCAGCAGAUGCAAGGUGCGACGCACAGCCAUGUGUAUCACCCACAUCAAGUCUAGAUUAGUUGGAUAAUGUAUAAUGGUUUCCUACAUGAUCUUAUAGUAUAGUGUACAGAUAAUGCCGUAUGGCUGUCACUGGAAUCUUGGAAGCUUAUCCCA